AUGGGCGUCAUUCAAAUUUCGUACGACUUUAUCUUGAGAUUUUUCAAGAUUUUCGGUCUCGUGCCCAAUAAAAUCGACUUUCCGCGGAUGCCGAUGUCGCGUGCUUAUGCAACAACUGUCGUGAGUGCUCUUUUUUUCUACUGGGCUGUGUUGCUCUUGUCUUUUUGGGUUCCUCACGGGAAGACAAGCAACACAAUUUCGAUAAUUUCGAAUUGGAUUCAGCUUUUAGUGAAUGCGAUAACGUUAACAAUCGCUUUGGUUUAUCCCGUUAUCGCGUCGGAAAUCGUACCAAAAAUUCGCGAUUUAUUUCUGCAUUUUGAUCGAAAAGCCGAAGAAUUGGGAGUUGGAUGCAAUUUUCAACGAAUUUCGAAUAUUGUCGGUUUGGUCAUUUGUGCGCUCGUGAUGUUCAAUUCCUACAUGCUUUGUUACGAUUUGUACGUGACGUACUUCCUGAGCGCCGUCAGCGAUUUGUGGUACUGGCUUUUGACAUUUUUACCGCUUUUCGUUUAUUCCUUCGCUGUUUGCGGGGCACUUUGUGUCCUUUUGCUCCUUCGUUUCCGCUUCAAGACGCUGAAUCAGCUGCUGGCACGCGAAGUCAAGGGAAAAGCUUUUACGGGAAAAAUUGACGUUUUGGAAGUUGGCGACGUGAAACCUCGCAGCAAAUUGACGAAUAUUUUUUACUUGAUGCACGAUUUGUACGACCUUUCGAAGCUAAUUGGGCAGUAUUAUGGGCCGGUAUUUUUGACAGUUUUUACGGCAAUUUUUAUCGUGACAACGAUCCAAAUUUACUACAUUUAUACCUUUUUUUAUUCGUACGAUACGGGAAAUGAGAUGCUCGUUUGGUCCAUUUUGCUUUGCUCGAAUAUCGUUUUUUUGAAUAUUGUCAUGGUUUUUUCCAUUACGUCGGUUUGUGAGUCGAUCUCGAAUCAGAGCAAGAGAGCCAUUGAUACAAUUUCGAAGCUCAAGAUUAAUGGAACUGUUUCUUGCGGACCUGAGGAAGUUCAAAAGAUCGCAAGUGCUUUCAACUGCACAACUUCUUACGUGACAUUCACUGCAAGCGGUUUCUUCGCCAUCAAUUACUCGAUGCUUUGUUCUAUGAUUGGCGGAAUUACAACUUACCUGAUCAUUUACAUUCAAUUCUAUGCGUUAUAUGGCAAAGAAGGCGGUGAAACGCAAGCAUCUCGCAAUCAUGACGGUGCGACACCAAUAGGCUCUAACACUAAUGAAGGAAAUGGUCCCGAAGUUCAGAAAAUUACAAAUGCGUUUCAUUGUGCUACAAAUCACAUUGCUUUCUCAGCAAAUGGAUUCUUCAACAUCAAUUAUUCAAUGUUGUGUUCUAUGAUUGGCGGCAUCACAACUUACCUGAUUAUCUACAUUCAAUUCUACUCCGUUUUUGGCAACAAGCCUGAUGAGUUGGAAGAUAAUUUGGAGAAGGCAAAUGCGGAUAUCACACGAUUCACAAAAUCGACAUAA